AUGUCUAAAGAUCCCAAGGGAUAUUAUAAAAUACUUGAGCUUAGUCCUGGGGCGUCUAUAGCCGAGAUAAGAAAGGCCUACUCAAAGCAACAGGCAAAGUACCACCUGGACUCGCCGUUUAUCAAGAAUAGGCUGAGGAAUGCGGCCAAUGAUGAGGAAAGGGAGAAGAUCAAGAAGGAAUGUGGAGAGAUGUCUGCAAAGCUAAACUCUGCAAAGAGUGUAUUGUUUGACGAGAAGAAGAAGAGAGAGUACGACAGUGGGCUUGGGGAGUUUGGAGCACAUUUCUCUGGAGGAGGAUAUUCCGACAUCUUUGAUAUAUUCAGCCAGUUUACUGGAGGAAGAGGACACCAGAGAACAAACAAAGUCAACUCAACAAAGUAUGUGAUUACUAUUUCACUUAGAGAAUCGUUUGUUGGGAAGGUGUCGAAGUUCAAUGUCAGGACCGAGAAGAUAUGUGGGACAUGUGAUGGAAAGGGAGGAAAGGAUGUAGAGACGUGCAAGAGAUGCAAUGGAAGUGGAGUGUGCACUAGUCGGCGAAAUCUAGGAGGGUUUGUAACUCUUGCAGAGACGCGAUGCGAUGGGUGUGGAGGCUCUGGACAUAAGAUCAAAGGUAAGCCUUGUGGUACAUGUAACGGGUCUGAGUAUAUACAGGACAAGACCAUGUUUGAAGUGAAUAUAAAGCCAGGAGCAAGAAAAGGAGAAAAGAUUGUCUUUGAGGGUAUGGGAGACCAGAGAAGAAACCACGUUCCAGGAGAUGUAAUUUUCAUAAUUGAUGUGCAAGAAGACAGCAGGUUUGAGAGGCGUGGAAGUGACCUGGUGGGGAAGAUAGACAUUCCGCUAUACACUGCAGUCGGAGGAGGAGUGGUAUACUUCACCCAUAUUGACGGAAGAGUGCUUGAGAUCAAUGUGAAUCCGUUCAAGACGUUUGAUACAGUGCUCAAGAUUCGGAACGAAGGGUUCAAGGGGAACAAGCAAGGAAGUCUGAUUCUUAAGCCAAAUGUGAUAAUUGGCAGUGAGUCUGACAGGGCAAAGAUCAUGCAAGUACUUGCAGAGCCUCCAAGGAAGCCCUAUGGAACAUUUACAAAAGUAAACGGGGAGUUUGGAACCAUGCCUGAGGAGGAGAGGGAGCAUGAAGAGGCCUCUGACGAUGGCAUGCACAAUCCCAGGAGCUUCUUCAACAGCUUCAGCUUUUUCUAA